UCAUUGGGUAACACACAAACAUCUCUUAAAGAUCUCGAGAAAAAGAGAAAAAAGAAGUAAAAAAACCUUGUGCAUGGAUUAUAAUAAUAGUACACUAACUAAAUAUUGGAAUCAAAUUACAUAACAGUUGACUUAAGUUUCUUUAUUUCCAGCAUAAUGGUCUUCUGCUACCUUGUACAUGGAUUUCACAAAGAAAGUUGGCAGAAAUUUAUUACACAUUAUUUUAGAAGAUCACUCGCCAUUUCCAAAUAUAUAUUAUAGGUAUACCGUACACAAGCAGUUGGGUUAUUUGACGGUAUAUCCAAAUUUGAGGGCAUAUGUGACAAGCUUAUUCAUCUCAUCCUCAGUGAUGAAUCCAUCUCCAUUAGUGUCUGCAACUUGGAGACCACGCCAAGCUUUCCAUCCAGGAAUGUAUGCCCCCAGGUACUUAAAGGCUUCUUUCAACUCUUCUUUGCUCAAUUUACCAUCGCCAUUUUUAUCGUACUUUUCAAAAACUUUUCUCAGCUGCUCUGCUUCCAAGGGCUCUUCUGGAUCCUUGUGCUCCCAACAGCCUAUGGGUUGGAACGGCCUGAAGAGAGGCAUGCUGGGGGAGAGAGAGAGAGAAAAAGACUUGAAAUAGGGUAAUAUAAGGCCACAAGAACAAGUGGAAGACUAGUACGCUCUAUGAUCAAACUAGACAUGCAAGCUUGCAUUUAUAGACGAAGACUACACGUUAUGGAAAGAAGUAUCACAAGGAAUUAAAGUUAUACCAUUUGAUGCGACUAUAAAAUUGUGU